CGCAGCUCCGCGCCACCGCGGCCAGUCUCACCUGGCGGCGCCGCCCGCCCACCGCCCCGGCCACAGCCCCUGCGCCCACGGCAACAUCCGAGGCGACUGCGACAGCGGCGGGGGACGCUGCUGAGUCGAAGAGCACAGACUGGCUACCGGACCUACUUACUCGCCUCGCCGAUUGUCUACUUUUAAGAGUUUACAGCUUUUCUAAGAACUUUUGUAUACCAACGAACUUUCUUAAAACGUCUUCAAUUUAUAUUUAAUCCAAAGAAGAAGGAUCUCGGGGCAGUUUGGGGGUUUGGGUUUUGGCUUCGUUUCUAAGUUUUUCUACGUUGAUUUUGGGGUUCGGGUAACCCCCAGCUAAGGGCUCCCGAGGACUUUCUGGGCCCCCACAUUAAUGAGGCAGCCACCUGGCGAGUCUGACAUGGCUGUCAGCGACGCGCUGCUCCCGUCUUUCUCCACGUUUGCCUCCGGCCCGGCGGGAAGGGAGAAGUCACUGCGUCCGGCAGGUGCCCCGAAUAACCGCUGGCGGGAGGAGCUCUCCCACAUGAAGCGACUUCCCCCAGUGCUUCCUGGCCGCCCCUACGACCUGGCGGCGGCGACCGUGACCACAGACCUGGAGAGCGGCGGAGCCGGCGCGGCUUGCGGUGGUAGCAACGCGGCGCUUCUACCCCGGAGGGAGACGGAGGUGUUCAACGAUAACGAUCUCCUGGACCUGGACUUUAUCCUUUCCAACUCGCUGGCCCAUCCGGAGUCGGUGGCCGCCACCGUGUCCUCAUCGGCGUCAGCUUCAUCCUCGUCCUCCCCUUCGAGCAGCGGUCCUGCCAGCGCGCCCUCCACCUGUAGCUUCAGCUAUCCGAUUCGAGCCGGGGGCGACCCGGGCGUGGCGCCUGGCGGCACAGGCGGAGGCCUCCUCUAUGGCCGAGAGUCUGCGCCCCCUCCCACGGCUCCCUUCAACCUGGCGGACAUCAACGACGUGAGCCCCUCUGGCGGCUUCGUGGCCGAGCUCUUGAGGCCCGAACUGGACCCCGUGUACAUUCCGCCGCAGCAGCCGCAGCCGCCAGGUGGCGGGCUGAUGGGAAAGUUUGUGUUGAAGUCGUCGAUGAGCGCCCCUGGCAGCGAGUAUGGCAGUCCCUCGGUCAUCAGUGUUAGCAAAGGCAGCCCUGACGGCAGCCACCCGGUGGUAGCGGCGCCCUACAGUGGCGGGCCGCCGCGUAUGUGCCCAAAGAUCAAGCAGGAGGCAGUCCCCUCCUGCACCGUUGGCCGGCCCCUGGAGGCCCAUUUGGGCGCUGGACCCCCUCUCAGCAAUGGCCACCGGCCAACUGCACACGACUUCUCCUUGGGGCGGCCGCUCCCCAGCAGGACUACCCCGACUCUGGGUCCCGAGGAACUACUGAGCACCAGGGACUGUCACCCUGCCCUGCCGCUGCCCCCAGGCUUCCACCCGCACCCGGGUCCCAACUACCCACCCUUCCUGCCAGACCAGAUGCAGCCACAAGUCCCGCCGCUCCAUUACCAAGAACUCAUGCCACCGGGUUCCUGCAUUUCGGAGGAGCCCAAGCCAAAGAGGGGAAGAAGAUCAUGGCCUCGGAAAAGAACCGCCACCCACACUUGUGAUUACGCGGGCUGCGGCAAAACCUAUACAAAGAGUUCUCAUCUCAAGGCACACCUGCGAACCCACACAGGUGAGAAACCCUACCACUGUGACUGGGAUGGCUGUGGGUGGAAAUUCGCCCGGUCAGAUGAACUGACAAGGCACUACCGCAAACACACCGGGCACCGCCCGUUCCAGUGCCAGAAGUGCGACCGUGCAUUUUCUAGGUCGGACCACCUCGCCUUACACAUGAAGAGACACUUUUAAGUCUCAAACAGUGGAUAUGACCCACACUGCCAGAAGAGAAUUCAGUAUUUUAUACUUUUCACAUUGUCUUCCCCGAGGAGGAAGGGGAAGAGCCCAGCUGGAAAGUGCGACAAUCAUGGUCAAGUUCCCACCUGAGUCAACUUGUGAUCAGGAAACACGAGGAAGCCAAAAGUCAAAAAUCAAAGAACCGAUGGGGUCUGUGACUGGAUCUUCUAUCAUUCCAAUUCUAAAUUCAACUUGAAUAUUCCUGGACUUAACAAAAAUGCCGAGGGGGUGACUGGAAGUUGUGGCUAUCAGGGUAUAAAUUAGAUCCGUGAGUUGGGGGAGGGAAGACCAGAAUUCCCUUGAAUUGUGUUUUGAUGCA